AUGGCUAGUAUCAUUCGAGAAAUCUUUGGUCCUGCUGCCAGAGUGACGAUACACCUUGAUGGGUCUCGCUGCGUUGAAAAAGCCCGCGCUUAUGAAGACCGAUAUGCUAAGCGUGUAAAAGCUGACGAAAAGCUCGAUACACUCAUAACCAACAUGGAAGCCAAGUCCAAAGAAUCUGCCCUUGUCAGAGUGAGGCCGAUGUAUGUAUUGCCAAGUCCUGUGGUAAUAACGGUAUCGCUGUAUCUGGGGACUCUAAUCUUCUCAUCUAUUGUAAAAUUUAAAGAGUUCUUCGUCCAACGCCGCCAUCACAAGUAUGCGCUGUAUGAGAAAGAUGAGGUCCUGCAUGCCCUCAAGUUUAGACACGAUGCACAACUCCUGGUCUAUGGCACUGUCCGUAAUCGUGGCACACAAGAUUUUUCUGAAGACCAAUUUAACAAAUCAUUCGAUGCCUUCGCCGGUGGUGGAGGUGAUGAUGGCACCACCAAAAGAAAGUUCUCAGAUGACGGAGAAGGAGUGGAGGGAUCAAGGCCACCAAAAGAACCUAUGUUGAGCUCAGGAGAAGGAGAGACAUCAAGCGAGCAGCAACAAUAG